AAGAUGGCGGCGCCCAGCCUGCCCACGCCGGUGCACGGACAUGUGGGCCGGGGCGCCUUCCGCGACGUGUACGAGCCCGCAGAGGACACGUUCCUGCUGCUGGACGCGCUGGAGGCGGCGGCGGCGGAGCUCAGUGGAGUGGAAAUAUGCCUUGAAGUUGGUUCAGGGUCUGGAGUGGUAUCAGCAUUCUUAGCAUCUCUGAUUGGUCCUCAAGCUUUGUACGUGUGCACUGACAUUAACCCUGAGGCUGCAGCUUGUACCCUGGAGACAGCACGCUGCAAUCAAGUUCAUCUGCAACCCGUAAUUACAGAUUUGGUCAAAGGCUUGCUACCAAGGUUAAAGGGAAAAGUUGAUCUUCUGGUGUUUAACCCCCCCUAUGUGGUGACUCCAUCUGAAGAGGUAGGAAGUCACGGGAUAGAGGCCGCCUGGGCUGGUGGUAGAGAUGGUCGAGAAGUUAUGGACAGGUUCUUCCCGCUGGCUCUGGAUCUCCUUUCACCAAGAGGCCUCUUCUACUUGGUUACAGUCAGAGAGAACAACCCAGAAGAGAUUUUGGAAACAAUGAAAACCAAAGGUCUACAGGGGACCACCACACUGUCCAGGCAAGCCGGGAGAGAGCUCCUCUCAGUCCUCAAGUUCACCAAGUCCUGAUGGCCAGUGUGUGUCCUAGAUUGUAUCAGAUGGAGAUCGAACAGAUAAUGUAUUCUAUUGAAUACGUAUACGAGUGUAUUGAUAAGCUGACAUUUAAUAUGUUUUGGUUUUAUUUGGGGGCUUUUUUUUGGAGGGGGGUGGGGGGGUAUACACACUGAGGUGUUCAGGACUUACUUCUGACUUUGUGCUUAGAGAUCACUGCUAGCAGACUUGUGGGACCAAAUGGGGUACCAGGGAUCGAACCCAGAUCUGCCCUGUGCAAGGCCCUGCCUUGUGGUGCUAUCUCUCUGGCUCCUGAUGAGUUGACAUUUAAUUUAAUUUGAAAUAGAAGUAAUUUCUUGAUUGACAAAAGUGUGAGAAAGUUGUAAUAUAUAAAAAGGUGCAAAAGGUUCUUUCUGUUUCACCCAGGAAUCAGGCCUACAAAAAUACUUGCACCAAAAAACAAAUACAUAUGUGUGUGUGUUUGUGUGAGUGUGUGUAUGUAAUUGUCAUUUAUAUAUAAAAUACAAAUAAAAAAAUUUCAGUGUUACCUGUCAAGGCAAAAUAAUGAAAUAAACCUAAGUGUUUCUAAAGAAAUUAGUAAAUGAUAGUAUAUCCAUAUGUCACAGAACAUGAGUGACAUAUCCAGGCACUUACAUCCUUGUGUCAGGUCUGUAUAUGCUGAACCAGAGGGGCAUAUGAUGUAUUAUUGAGUAUAAGAAAAAUAACAUUAUGGUGUAUAUAUACAUAUAUAUUUAAGAAAUCAGCGAGGGUCUGUGUUAUGUGUAUAUAAGAUGAUCUCAUUACAGUGAGAAUGGAAGAAUGUUCAAAUUUGGAGGAGGGGGUUGUGUUUGCACAGUAACAUUUCCAUGAAAUUUUCAUAAAGGUUUUUACUGGAAAGAACGUUUAGACACAAGGAACUGGUCCCACCACGGCAAGACAGGGGUGAUGAGGUGGGUUCCUGAGACAGUGGUGAUGAGAAGCAAUGAUGGACAUGCUUACAUGUUGUAAGCAUGAAGCCAUCAUUAGCAGUAUUGUAUGUCAUGGCACCUCAAGGAAAAUUGUAA